CCCCGACCGGUCCCCAUGGAGGAAAUGGAAGAGGAGUUGAAAUGCCCCGUGUGCGGCUCCUUCUACAGGGAGCCCAUCAUCCUGCCCUGCUCCCACAAUUUAUGUCAGGCGUGCGCCCGCAACAUCCUGGUGCAGACCCCGGAGUCCGAGUCCCCUCAGAGCCGUCGGGCCUCCGGCUCUGGGGUCUCCGACUAUGACUAUCUGGACCUGGACAAGAUGAGCCUGUACAGUGAGGCGGACAGCGGCUACGGCUCCUAUGGGGGGUUCGCCAGCGCCCCCACUACCCCGUGCCAGAAGUCCCCCAACGGCGUCCGCGUGUUCCCCCCAGCUAUGCCUCCACCGGCCACCCACCUGUCACCGGCCCUGGCCCCUAUACCCCGCAACUCCUGUAUCACCUGCCCCCAGUGCCACCGCAGUCUCAUCUUGGAUGACCGGGGGCUGCGUGGCUUCCCUAAGAACCGCGUCCUGGAAGGGGUAAUUGACCGCUACCAGCAGAGCAAAGCUGCGGCCCUCAAGUGCCAGCUCUGCGAGAAGGCGCCCAAGGAGGCCACAGUCAUGUGCGAACAGUGCGACGUCUUCUACUGCGAUCCGUGCCGCCUGCGCUGCCACCCGCCGCGGGGACCCCUAGCCAAGCACCGCCUGGUGCCCCCAGCCCAGGGCCGCGUGAGCCGGAGGCUGAGCCCGCGCAAGGUGUCCACCUGCACAGACCACGAGCUGGAGAACCACAGCAUGUACUGCGUGCAGUGCAAGAUGCCCGUGUGCUACCAGUGCCUGGAGGAGGGCAAACAUUCCAGUCACGAAGUCAAGGCUCUGGGAGCCAUGUGGAAACUGCACAAGAGCCAGCUCUCGCAGGCGCUGAAUGGGCUGUCGGACAGGGCCAAGGAGGCCAAGGAGUUCCUGGUGCAGCUGCGCAACAUGGUCCAGCAGAUUCAGGAGAACAGUGUAGAGUUUGAAGCCUGUCUGGUGGCCCAGUGUGACGCCCUCAUUGAUGCCCUAAACAGAAGGAAGGCCCAGCUGCUGGCCCGGGUCAACAAGGAGCAUGAACACAAGCUGAAGGUGGUUCGGGACCAGAUCUCUCACUGCACAGUGAAGCUGCGGCAGACCACGGGCCUCAUGGAAUAUUGCCUCGAGGUGAUUAAGGAAAAUGACCCAAGUGGCUUUUUGCAGAUUUCUGACGCCCUCAUACGGAGAGUGCACCUGACUGAGGACCAGUGGGGGAAGGGCACACUCACACCCCGGAUGACCACGGACUUCGACUUGAGCCUGGACAACAGCCCACUGCUGCAAUCCAUCCACCAGCUCGACUUCGUGCAGAUGAAAGCUUCCUCUCCAGUCCCUGCGACCCCCAUCCUGCAGCUGGAGGAGUGUUGCACCCACAACAACAGCGCCACUCUGUCCUGGAAACAGCCACCUCUGUCCGGGGUGCCCGCCGAAGGGUACAUCCUAGAGCUGGACGAUGGCAACGGUGGUCAGUUCCGGGAGGUGUACGUGGGGAAGGAGACCAUGUGCACCGUGGACGGGCUUCACUUCAACAGCACCUACAACGCCCGGGUCAAGGCCUUCAACAAAACAGGAGUCAGCCCGUACAGCAAGACCCUGGUCCUGCAGACGUCCGAGGUGGCCUGGUUUGCCUUCGACCCUGGCUCAGCCCACUCGGACAUCAUCUUCUCCAACGACAACCUGACGGUGACCUGCAGUAGCUACGAUGACCGGGUGGUGCUAGGGAAGACCGGCUUCUCCAAGGGCGUCCACUACUGGGAGCUCACGGUAGACCGCUACGACAACCACCCCGACCCCGCCUUCGGCGUGGCGCGCGUGGACGUGCUGAAGGACGCCAUGUUAGGGAAGGACGACAAAGCCUGGGCAAUGUAUGUGGACAAUAACCGGAGCUGGUUCAUGCACAACAACUCGCACACCAACAGAACUGAAGGAGGGAUCACGAAAGGGGCCACAGUUGGGGUCCUCCUCGACUUAAACAGAAAAACCUUGACAUUUUUUGUCAACGAUGAGCAGCAAGGCCCCAUCGCCUUUGAGAAUGUGGAAGGGGGCCUGUUCUUCCCUGCUGUCAGCCUAAACAGGAACGUGCAGGUCACGCUUCACACCGGGCUCCCGGUCCCCGACUUCUACUCCAGCAGAGCCUCAAUAGCCUAA